AUGUCGGACUCUAACAAUGAACAGGCCCUGGCUCGCACCGCCGUCAUGGAGUGCGAACAAGAAAUUCAAAUCAUCAAGGCAUCACUCCGAAAGCUAAGCGCUUCAGAAUCUGAUGCACCGAAUUCGCUGGAGAUUUUGUUGGUGAAGGUGGAAGGAACCGAUAGCAGUUCUUCGCUCAAAGUCAAUCUACAGCUAUCAAGCCCUGUCGAAGACGCAACGCUUACUAAGAUGUACGAUCCGUCAAACAGUGAGCCGAGUGACGAUGUUAAAGCAACUUUUCAUGGUGUCGCGACAGCAGUUUCGACAUUGACAGUUUCUGUUAUUGCUGAUGAAAAAGAGAUAGGAUCAUCUGCCCCGCACGACCUUGCACCGCUAUGUGUUGUCAACGCAAUCGAUCAAAAUGACAGAUACGAAACAGAAGUACCAAUUGGAAUCGUCGCAAACGGUAGCGGUGACGAGAGCAAAGCCGAAGGUCAGGAUAAAAAAGUGACGAACGAAGGUGAAGAUUCAACUGAAGCGAAAGUAAUUCAACCAACCUGUACAUUGACUCUUCGAUUGGUGUACCAGCCUUCAAACAACGACAAAAAGGAGGAGCUUUACCAACUUUUGAACAAGAAAAGUGAGAAGAAAGCUUCUGCACUUGAGAAUCUAAGAAAGAUUUCGAUGAACAUGGCACGUACAGGAACAGACGGAAGCCCGUCCAAAUCUGCGGCUACAGCUGUCGCGAAACCAUCUGUAAAGCCUGGGUUCCUCAACAAAAAGAAAGCGGAAGCAUCAAAAGUUCGAUCGUUCUAUGAAAGAACAUUGGGGCCAAACUCUAUUGUGCGAACGAGUUUGGGUUUGCUCUUUCUGACGAAAGAUUAUCUCAUCUUUUUUGGAGCCAUCUCGUUCUUUCAUUUUGGUGGUCAAUUUCUUGCGCUGCCUGCGCCCGCAUAG